AAUAAAAAUACCUACCUACAUUCAACUAGUGCAUUUAAAUAGAGCAUUCGAAGUAAAUAAACUUUAAAUCUAGUUCAAGCAUUGUUCGUUUCAGUAUUUUUAGUCGCUGAAAAAUUAAAAUCAAAAUGAAACUAUUGUGGUUAAUUUCGAGUUUUUUCGUUUUAAAAAUGAUUUUCUGUAAUCCAAUAAACGAUUUGCAUAACGCACAUCCUUGCAUCAUCUUCCCUAAAAACAGGACAACUACGUCACCAAAACCAGAAACGACGACGACGACGACGACGACGACGACAACAACAACAACAACAAAACCAUCAACAAAAUCAGAAGAUGGACAACAAAAUCAGGGUGCGCAAAAAAAUCAGAGUGAACAAAAAAAAUUACACAAGCUAACACCAAAACGUGUAUGGAAAAGGGCAGCGCCAGAAUCAUCACAUUUCCUUCCAUCUCUUAUCACGGCUGGUACACCUCGGCACAAUCUACCCAUUUCAAAACCUAUACUUUCAAAAGCAUUUCUAUCAAGUGCUGUAUCGCAAGACGAUGAACAUGAAAAUGACCUACAUGAAGAAAAAAAUGAACCUUUUGGUAAAUACGAACCGUUCAGAUACGAUGAUGAUGAUGAAGAAGAAGAAGAAGUAGACAACAGAGAGGUGGUUAAUGCAUUCGUAGCCAAAUUACAAAACGUACUGAAUUCCAUGAUUGACUUAUUUUAUUCGCGAGUUUUUUCAAACAACAAGCCGGAUUAUGGCGACGAUUGAACGAACUGACUGAAGAGUUCAAAAACCAAUCAAAAUAUGGAGAACAAACAAAUUCAAAAAAUACCUAAUAUUCAAUCAUCUGUGCACUCAAGUUAUAUUUCACCUGAUAUUAUCAUAUAUCCAUGUCUUCUAAUUGAUUUUAGUGUAGUUUAACGUACGAGUAAUAAUACGAGCUCGACUUAUUUUCAAAACCUUUACAAUUCUCUUCAAUAAUUCUAUUCAAAAACAUUAUAUGUAAAUUAAUUUAUGUUUAAAGUAAGUUUAUGAAACUUGAUUCAAUAAUAAAAUCUGAAUUACCUGACUGAA